UCGAAGUCAUAUCCGGAUUUGAGUUCCAAGGCAACUUGCUGAUGCUGAAAUUAUGUCAGGCAUCAAGGAAACACGCGAUUUUUUCCUUUGGUGUAUAUCAGUAAUAUACUUGAUUGCAUUUUCAUCACUGUAUGUUCAAAUACCAGGUUUAUAUGGUGAUAAUGGUAUUUUGCCAGCUAAGCUUGCUAUUAAUUCCAAUGAGAUCUCAUCAUGGGAAGAGCUUCUGGAGGGUCAGCCCACUUUAUUGCGGUUGAUGCCGAAACUGGGCUUGGACAUUGAGACUGGGAUGGAUGUGCUUUGCAUCCUGGGAAUCCUGAUCUCUUUCUGCUGUGUGGUGUUCACCACUGCCAGAGACAUGGUCUCCUUUACCCUGUUGUGGAUGAUGUAUCUCUCUCUUUAUCAAGUUGGCCAGACAUUCUUAUGGUUUCAAUGGGAUAUCCUUUUGUUGGAGACUGGAUUCCUUACAAUUCUGGUGGCACCCCUUAACAUGCAGUUUUUCUCAUCUCAUCAUCACCAUGACAAAAUCACCAUGUGGCUGGUGCGAUGGCUCCUCUUUAGACUAAUGUUUGCGUCAGGGGUGGUGAAGCUUACUAGUGGAUGCCCCACUUGGUGGGGACUCACAGCUCUUGCAGUCCAUUUUGAAUCUCAGUGUAUCCCCACAGCAUUGGCUUGGUUUUGGCAUCACUUACCUAAGUGGUUCCUGAAACUUAGCUGUGUAGCCACCUACCUGAUAGAAAUACCCAUACCUUUAUUGUUCUUCUCCCCCGUUAAGUCCAUGAGGAUGUUUGCAUUUUAUACACAGAUUCUGUUGCAGAUGCUCAUCAUCGUCACCGGGAAUUACAAUUUCUUCAAUCUUUUGACCACAGCUCUUUGUUUUUCACUAGUAGAGGAUGAUUUCUUCAAAAGAUCCAAAGUGACAAAGCCCUCAACAAUACAAAACAUUUUCAACAAAUCAGUUUCACUUGUGAUAUACAGUUAUCUAGCAUAUCAAACAGGAAAACAGUUUUCUCUCCAAGUUUCUUUUAGUCCCAGCUUCGAAAUAAAAUCAAAUAUUGCUUUUUCCAAGGCUGAUUUUUUCAAAUGGUUAGAAUUUAUUGUUCCAUGGACCAUAGUCUUAGGAGCCGUGUCCUUGGGAUAUCACAUUCUUAUCUCUAUUGUCAGGUGCCUAAUAGAAGAAAAGGGAUUGAUAUGGAAAUUCUGGAGUUUUAUACAGUGUUCAGUAAUGGCAACAGCUGCAAUCGCCAUGUUCUCCAUUAGUUUGAUUCCCCAUACUGUGAUUGACCAAAGUUCCACGAAACUUAUUCCCAAACCGAUAUUCAGAAUGAAUGAGAAAGUAGAUUCUUUCCAACUCACAAGUUCUUAUGGGCUGUUUAGAGUAAUGACUGGGGUAGGAGGUCGACCAGAGGUCAUUAUAGAAGGCAGCAACAGUCCAGAUGGCGGGUGGAAGGAAUAUCAAUUUUAUUAUAAACCAGGAAAUGUUUCAAAAGUUCCUCCCAUUGUGGCUCCUCAUCAGCCCCGCUUGGACUGGCAGAUGUGGUUUGCAGCACUGGGCAGCUAUCAGCACAACACCUGGUUUGUCCACCUGAUCUACCGACUAAUGACAGGACAGAGAGAGGUACUGGAUCUCAUACAGCACAAUCCGUUCCCAGAUAAGCCUCCCAGAUUCAUCAGGGCCAAAUUGUACCACUAUCACUUCACAGGACAGACACCAAAAGAUAAAUGGUACUCUAAGAAAGACUGGUGGGUGCGGGAGGAAAAGAAUGAAUAUUUCCCGGCAUUAGAAAAGGAUAAUGAAUCACUGAUAGAUUAUCUCAGACGAUCAAAAAUAUUAAUGACAAAUAACAAUAAGAAGACACUGACAGGGUUAGGAUUUUGUGUUAAUUACAUCCGGCAGCUGAUUGGUCAACCUGAGGGCUUCUCCUUUGUCAUAACAGUUACAGGAACUGCAGUGAUGGCCAAUGUUUUCGGUCUUAUUUUGCUCUGAGAAGACAAAUUCUCCGUUUGUAUGCAUGAGUGUGAUGAUACAAUACUGUACUGUAUGCUCUAUCUAUAUCAUACUGUGAAGUUUCAGCUACAGAGUGCAGUAUAGUAUCCUAUAAAAAUGCCACUUUGAUAUAUUUUCAUUCUGUAUAUCCUUCAGGAAUUCUAUUUUUAUUUUUUUAAACAAAAAUAGCUUUUGUUUUAUGAUAAAUUUCAAAGUGAAAUAAUUAUGAUUUGUUUGUUUUAGUCAAAUUUCCUGGGCAUGUACAUGAGUACCAGUAUUGAGACAAAAGAAAAUCUGCCAACAAAUAUUUUCCAAUAUAUGUUCAAUUUUUUUAAGUUCGAAAAUAUCUCUGGUUCACUGUUUAGAUAAUACAGACACUGUUAAUCUUGGGAAGAUCAGUAGUUUCUUCUAAUGAUUUUACAGUCAUUUUAUGACAAACAACAAUUUUUAAGAUAUGUAAAUCAUAAUAUCUCUGCAUUGUUUGAUCAGAAAGUUAUUUUAAGAUUGUGAAGAGUAAUUGUAACUAGUCUGUAGAUCUUAGUUUUUUUAUUUAAUUGAAAUUGUACCAAAUAUGAUUUCAUGAGACUCGGUUUUGUAUGAAUUGUACGGUGGGAAAUUUUUGUUUGUGAAAACAACGUACAUGUAUUCUAUCACCAGUUGUCUUCUUUACAAACUUGUUGAAUGCACAUGUAUGUUGGGAUUUGUUCAAUUUUGUGUAUUAUGGUGCUCUAGUAAUUCUAUUUUCUGGCGUUUGAAUAUACUUGUAAUUAUGCACAACAAGUUCAAAUUAUGAUAUAAUCUAUAAUUUUGAAUACCAAGCUGAACUUUACAGCUUAACAAAAAAUAGUUUAUUUAUAGAAAUAAAUUUAAUUUUUGGAAAUACAUGAGAACACAAACUGCAAUGCUUUACGCCAGCUUACUUCUUGUUAAGUACUGUGACACUUAACGCCGGCUUACUUCUCAUUAAGUACUGUGACACUUAACACCGGCUUAAUUCUCGUUAAGUACUGUGACACUUUACGCCGGCUUACUUCUCGUUAAGUACUGUGACACUUAACACCGGCUUACUUGAUGAAGCGCGUUAGUACUUAACGAGAAGCUGGCGUAAAGCGUCACAGUUCAUGCCGUCGUGUAUUUUCAAGAAUGAAAGUUAAUAUUUACUUUCAUUUCUGUUGGAAUAUUCCCAGCUGUACUCUAUUUAUCAAGAUUCAUAUGCACAUUGUUCACAUUCAUGAGGAAAGGGCUAUCAAAUAGAUAAAGGGAUAUAAAAACAAGUCAAAGCAUAUAUUUUGUAUAAUCCGUGUUCCGUAUUAAAAAUUUGCAGAAUCCCAAGGCUCACAACACAUCUAUUUUUAGGUUGAUAAUAUAAAAUUAGGUCAGCAUGAGAAUUUCUUCCAUUCACUGAUACUUACAUAAUUUCAGUUAUGUUUUCUCCAACUUCUAGAUAACUAGGAAUAAAGGGCAAUAAUAAUACUCAAUCAAUAUGAUUGAAUAAUAAUUACAAGUAGAAAUGUAUAUUAAAGUAUGACAAGUUUCAACAUGUUGUGAAAAUGAUAAACAUGUUUAAGGAAACAAAUUUCUGUGCACUUAUUAGGUAACAGGUGCCAACUCCCACCAAGGGGACUAAACUGCAGCAUUUUAGUAUAGUCAUUGUGCUAUAUAUAUAUAUAUAUAUAUAUAUAUAUAUAUAUAUAUUUAUAUACUUUUGUUCUAUUCCACCCUCCCUUUCAUAUUAAACUAUUUUACAGCUUCAAAAUGGCAAAAUGAAAUGGAGUGAAAUUCUGUUUCAGUGAGAGAAUUUCAAUCAUUGAGAGUGAGAAAGCGCAAGUAGAAAUUUAAAAAAAGGACAGGGGAAAGAAGCAUGCUUCUACCACCUGUGUUGUGUCUUUGUUCAAAUUUAGAUUUAAAAGUUCAUUUUGAUGAUACGAAUCAGCUCAAACAUGAACACAAUAGUUACAUCCCUUACUCAGGGAAUCUAAAUCAAAAUUUCCUUUGUCAGGUAAGACUUUAUUAGUAAAGGAUUUUUCACAUCAUACUGAUCAAGAUGUAGGGCUCACGGCGGGUGUGACCGGUCAACAGGUGAUGCUUACUCCUCCUAGGCACCUGAUCCCACCUCUGGUGUGUCCAGGAGUCUGUGUUUGCCCAACUAUAUAUUUUGUAUUGGUUAUGGGAUUUAUGAGAUUGAUCACUGUUCGUUAUCUUCACCUUUCACUGUGCAUAAUAGUCAAUUCCUUAUAUUUAUAAAAGUCAUAUUUAUCAUUGUUAAAAUGUUGAAGUAGAUGGCGAUGUUAUUUCUUCGUGAAAUAAUACCGGUGAGGAAGAAUGCACAAGUUAUCCCAAACAUGUGAAUAUUUCAUAAUGGCAAACAGAUGAUUAGAAAGAUUUUCCAAUGGCAAAUAGCUGCAGAUUUGUAGCUCUCUGAGAAAAUAUCGGGACAGAACUACAGUUCUGCAGCUAAAUGGCAAACAUAUGAUUAGAAAUUUUACAAUGGCAAAUGGCUGCAGAUUUGUAGCUCUCUGAGAAAAUAUUAGGACAGAGCUAUGGUUCUGCAGCUAAAUGGCAAACAGAUGGUUAGAAAGACAUUGCAGUAAGAAUCGGAUGAUUAUCAAACCAUGGCCCAGGUUACAGAACUUCAAAAACACAUACUUUGAAGGAAAUUCAAUUCAUAUUUCUUCGUAUAUCUUAAUCUGGUAUUUUUGUUGUAGAGAAACUAUUAGCAAUUUUACAGGUAGGUCUUAUGAAUGUGCAAAAGUUUCAUUCAUAAAAUUUUUACACUAGUUGUGUUUUAGCAACAAAGUAGCAUUUUGACUAAAUUUCACAGGAAUAUCUUUGCAGAAAUUUAUGGUAUUUUAUAUCAUAAAUCAUCGUUGGAGACCGACCUUGGGUUUCCAACAAUGAUCAUGAAUUAAAUAGAAAUUAUGACCUUAUAGGAAAAAUUCAUCAGAGUAUUGUCCCUUAGGUCAAGAGAAAUACAAAUGCCCAAAAGGGGGGAAGAGAAAUACACAUGCCCAAAGGGGUGGGUGGGGUGGGGGGGUUUAUUCCCAACAAUAUCUCUCGACUGCAAAGUCUAACAGUUCUGACAAUAAGUAAUCAUUUCUAUUCAGCAGUGAUGUUUGUUCAUUUGAAUUUAAUACCAAGUCCAGCUGACUAAGGUACAAUUCAUUGUAAGAAUUUCAUAUUUACACCAGUGUGCCUCAUGAAAUAUGCAGGCAUGAAAAAUAUCAACUCUAGGCAUGAAAAAUAUCAACUCCAUAGCCUCUUGAUGUUUUUUACAAUAUUAAAUCCGUUUCUCAGGUAAACAUGAGCAUUCUGAGAUAAUUGCUAAAGCAAUACAUUUCCCUUACUGUUGUAAUUAGUUAGGAGUUAAACUUUGUUUUUAUUUGGUCUACACAUAUAUAUAUUAAUUUGAAUUACAAUAUUUGAAUGUGAAUUCGUAUUUUGAAAAUGAGUUAUCUCACCUUAUGCAUGUUUUCCUUCUUUUUUUUUUCAUUUUGUUUUUAUGUGCGAUUUUCUUGUUGUGCCCACUCUAAAGCUGCAUAAUAUAUGUAGUCUUGAAAUCCCAUCUUAAUUUAGAUUUCAAAGUCCCAAUUUUCACCAUUAUAAAACAGAAGUUUGUGUUUAAUUAGUUAUACUUUUAAAGUUUGAGUGUAAAAAAUAAACUUCAUCAUAAAUCCA